AUGGACACCGGACAGCAGCCUCCUGGCCAUGUUGGACAACUUGACCUUCGCAUUUUGCUGCGCAUAGGCCUGUGUGCUCAAUUUGCUGAUGACUCAGAUGAGCGGAUUGACGGCCAGUUGCAGACCUACCUUUUGUCACUGGUGGCACCACAGCCACCUCCGCCUCCACCUCCACCUCCACCUUCUCUGCCUCCUCCUCCAGAACCUCUGCCUCCACUGCCACCAGCAGCUCCCAUAGUUCCGGCACCUAAUGGGCCAGUUGCCCAUGCAGAUGUCACAGUCUCUCAAAAGUCUCUGACGCUCCCACCAAUUGACUGCAUGCACCACUACUCACAUUGCCUCUCAUGCCGAGUAGCUCCGGUUGCACUUUGGGCCCUGGAGAACAAGAAAAAGCUGGCUCUAUGA